AUGUUUCGUAGCACCAAUGCUACUGCCGCUUCAAACAACCCUAAUACCUUCAUCAAUGACAAUAUUAAUAAUAAAAAGAUUAAUAAAAGUAAUGACGGUAAUAAGAACAUUGCUUCAACUAACCCAAGAAGAUCUUUUUUGUUUUCAGACACAAGAUCCAGUCUAAGAAUUUCUAAUAGCAAAAAAUUAUCAUUAGCAACAAAUAAUCUUUCCACAUUAAAUUCGAAUGGUGGAGGUAUAGCAAACAAUUCAACAUCAGCAGCAACUUUAACUAGAGAUCCUAGACCACUCAGAGACAAAAAUUUUCAACAAAUAAUACAACAAGAAAUAUAUGAUUAUUUACUGGAUGAAGAUUUUAUUAUUCAAACAAACUACCCCAUCUCAAUAAAAUCGUUGAAGCAACCAACUCAAAGAGAUUUUGUCACUAUCUUUAAAUGGUUAUAUGUACGGUUGGACCCAGGCUACACUUUUAAAAAAUCAUUGGAGUCUGAUGUUUACUCAAUUAUAAAAACCAUCCAAUAUCCAUUUUUGGAAACAAUCAACAAGUCUCAAAUAUCUGCAGUGGGUGGUACAAAUUGGCCAAAAUUCUUAGGGAUGAUACAUUGGCUAGUUAAUGUUAACAAAAGUUUGGAUAAAACACUGGUUUUUUUGGAUAAAUCAUUAGUGUCUGAAAAUACACAAGAUUUCACCAUCUUGAACCAAACUUUUAAAACCAUCGAUGAGCAGGAAGAAAGGCAAGAAAAGUACGAGUUAAUGGUAGAAAGAUUAUUUAUAGAUUAUAUUUUAAAAUCAUACAAAUACUUUCUUGAGCUAAAUGAUGACUUUUCAAAGUUUUUCCAAGAAUUGGAACUUGGGUUUGAUAAAUUUGUGCAUAUAAUCCAAACUGAUAUAAAUAAUAUUGACAAUAGUAACCAAGAUUUGAAAUCACAGUAUUCAAACUUAAUAAACAAAUGUAAAAGUUUGGAAUUGUCACAAGAAAAAAAUAGAUUACUUUUCUCAGAUUUGCAAAAAUUAACCAACUAUGUGGACUUAAUGAAACAAAAAAGUGGAGAAUGGCAACGCAAACUAGAUAAAAUACAACUUGAUAUCAAUAAAAAGUCAACUAUUGUUACAGAUUUGAUAUUUGGAAAUAGAGAACUUCAAAAAAAGUUGGAUCAAAGGGGAUUCAACAUAGAAUCUGUGAAUGAUAAAAUCGAAUUACAAACUAAAAUUGCAAGUGAUAGGGAUGGCGUUGCUUCCAAUAUUGAAAAACUUCGAAAUUCCAACAAAUCUUUGGACUUUGACUUGAAAAAAAUUUACCAAUCACUUUUAGACCUUUCAAUGCAGUAUCAGUCAACUAUAGAAUCAUUAUCUGUUCUACGCGAUGUUGAUAUUUCCAAGAUAAAAUUCAAUUUGCCCAAAGAUCUAAUCUCAAACGAUAAGAGAAGGAGUACCUUUUUUUUGCAUAUAGAAACUUCUCCAAUAAAAAUACAGAAAGAGUUAUUAUACAUAAACGCCCAAAUAAAUGAAAAUAUUCAAAACAUUCAAUUGAGUAACGCAAAAGUUGAAAAUUCUAUCAGCUACUUGCAACAAGAAAUUAAAAAUAAAAGCGAAUUAAUUGAACAACUGGAAAAUAGAUGUUCUGAAACUAAAAUAGCGGACGAAACUGAUAAACAAAAAUUGCAAACGUUAAUCUUGCAACAAGAAAUCGAGAUAGAAAAAUUGGAAAGCAGAAUCAGUCUUAUGAACCAAAGCGCUAAUGAUUACUUAAAAGAAACUGAAAAUAAAAUGAAACAGGUGUCAACAAAACUAGAUAGCUAUAAAGAAUAUGUUGGUGCGGAAAGGGGGAAACUUAUAUCUAAGGUUAACCAAAUAGUCGAGUUUGUUACAAGCUUUACAAAGAAUAUAGACGGUUCUUUAAAUAAUUUACAAAAGGAAAUAGAUGCAAAACUGUCCGAUGUGUAA